GCGAAAAUACGUCAAAGCCACGUUUGAAUGACCCUGGUAGGGGCCGACACCGUGGGUUUUGCGGUGGUUCUGAUCGAGUAAGGCCCAGGACCCGGUGGCUCAGGUGGACCCGGGGCUGGGUCCCCGACAAGGAGUUUUGCAUUUUCGUUACUCGAUCGAUACGCCGCCAAUCUGCCUAUAUAAAGAACGGCUUAUCGGCGUCGCCCACUCUCCUUGCUUGGCUUAUCUCUGGUUAUCGCUAUCUCUGCUCUUUUCUCCCUCGCUCGCUCUUUGCUUCUUUCUUUGCUUUUUCUCUCAGCCUAUCUCUCUUUGACUGGCACUCACCUUUGCUUCCCCCCUAAGCCUUCACAAUGGAUGCCGAGAUCCCGUCCAUUGCCGUCUUCACCUCGUCGCGAGCCGUCGUCGGCGGCCGUCUGACCUCUGCCACCCUCGUUGUCUCGCGCACCACCGGCAAGAUCACCGCCGUCUUCGAUUCCGUUAUCCCCGCCUCCGACUUCCCUGACGGCACGCCCUAUACUGACUUCUCCCCGUAUGUGCUGCUCCCUGGUCUGGUUGAUGCUCACGUCCACCUCAACGAGCCUGGACGCACCGAAUGGGAAGGCUUCUAUACAGGCACCCAGGCCGCUGCCUUUGGCGGUGUCACUACCGUCAUUGACAUGCCGCUCAAUGCCAUCCCUCCAACCACCACCGUCGACAACUUCAAGGUCAAGCUUCAGGCCGCCGAGGGCAAGUGCUGGGUUGAUGUUGGCUUCUAUGGAGGCAUCAUCCCCGGCAACGCUGGCGAGCUGAAGGCUCUAGUCCGUGAAGGUGUCUGCGGCUUUAAAGGAUUCCUUAUCGACAGUGGAGUUGAUGAAUUCCCUGCUGUCUCGUCAGAAGACGUCCAAAAGGCCAUGCUGGAACUGGCCGAUGAGCCCACCACGCUCAUGUUCCACGCCGAGAUGGUCCCUCACAAGAACCCAUCUGAAGCCCCGGACGUCAUGCCCGAGGGUGCCCCGGAGUCCUACUCAACCUUCCUGGCCUCUCGUCCUUCAGACUAUGAGACCACUGCUGUAGAGGAGAUCCUCUCCUUGUCCCACCUGGCCCCCAACCUCCCUCUGCACAUUGUCCACCUCUCCGCCAUGGAGGUCAUCCCUCUCUUGCGCAAGGCCCGCGCCGAGGGCGUAAACAUCACCGCAGAGACCUGCUACCACUACCUCUCCCUGGCCGCCGAGGAGAUCCGCGACGGCGACACCCGCCACAAGUGCUGCCCGCCCAUCCGCUCCCAGAACAACCAGGACGCCCUGUGGGACGAACUCGAGCGCCACGCCGAACCAGAGGGCGUCAUCAAAACAAUCGUCUCGGACCACUCCCCCUGCACGCCCAACCUCAAGCUCCUCCCCUCGCACAUCCCAGGCCACAGCACCGAGACCCCAACCGCCACAACCAACCCGGCCACCAACGCCGUCAUCAACGAGGGCUCCUUCCUCUCCGCCUGGGGCGGCAUCUCCUCCGUCGGUCUCGGCCUCCCAAUCCUCUGGUCCGAGCUCUCCCGCCGCAAGGGCCUGUCCUCAUCAGACACCACAGCAACCAAGCAAGCCCUCCAGGACAUCGUGCGCCUCUGCUGCGCCAACACCGCCGCCCAGGUUGGCCUGCACAAAUCCAAGGGCGACCUCGUUCCAGGGUUCGACGCCGACUUCUGUGUCUUCGACGAUACCGCCGAGUGGGUCGUUGAGCCGAGCACCAUGCUCUUCCGCAACAAGUGCUCGCCGUACCAGGGCCGCACGAUGCGCGGUAUGGUCCGCGAGACCUGGCUGCGCGGCGAAAAGAUCUUUAACCGUGCCGAUGGGUUCUGUGUCAAGGCGCCUUCGGGCCAGUUGCUUUUGGAGAAACGGGUUUGAUUUCCCCCUCCUGCACUUGCACUUUACCUCCUCAUCCUCUUCCUAACUGGCUGGACCCGCAUGCGGCUUGCGAGAUUCCAUAUGCGCCACUGCCAUUGCCAUUGCGAAGCUGAACGGAACGAACUGAGUCAGAGAUAUAAUCUGACGAACGACAAAAAAGCAAAAAAACUUAUGAUACCCCCCAUACAUAGACACUAAUGACCUGACCGCAGGAGCAGCAGCAUCAUAUAUCAUGUCCAUGCAUUACACUAGCGAGUGUAGACCCUUUAUGUUUAGUUUUUAGCUCUUUUUCUGCUGUUUGAUAGAGAAAUACCAUAAUGGAAUCAUUUAAA